AAGAGAAAAAAAACCGACAACGGUAAACAUAACCUCCCGCCCGUUUUGCACCCGAGAGACAAGCGACAGCAUCAGCGGCGUAGCGGCGUUUGUUUUACUUUGCAGUAGAAAAGACGCGCAAACACACUGAAUUUCGCACGUGAACUGUGAAAAAUUGUGAACAAGCACCUGCGUGUUGGUUUCCCCCAAAGAACGAUAUGGCGUCCUUUAACCUGACCGCGAUAACGAGCGCACUGACCGAUCUCGAUCAGCACGGCGUCAAAUGGGUCGGCAAAGCGUCGAAAUGGGGAACGGAAGCGGAAGCCAAAGACCUGAUCGAUGCGAUAAAUGCGUGCAAGGAUAUGCGCUUUCUCAAUUUGGAGGGCAACACGCUCGGCGUGGAAGCGGCCAAAGGCAUUGCCAGAGCGCUGGAAAAGCACCCGGAGCUGAAACAGGCCCUGUGGAAGGAUCUGUUUACCGGGCGCAUGAAGGAGGAGAUCCCGAUUGCGCUGAAGGCGCUCGGGCAGGGCAUGAUCACGGCCGGCGCCCAGCUGACCGUGCUCGACUGUUCCGACAAUGCGCUCGGUCCGAACGGGAUGGUGGGGCUGGUGGAUCUGCUGAAGAGUGCCACAUGCUACACGCUGGAGCAACUGAAGCUAAACAACUGCGGUCUCGGCAUCGAGGGCGGCACCAUGCUCGCGAAAGCGCUGCUAGAAGGACACACCGCUAGCCGGAAGGUGGGCAAACCGCUCGCGCUGAAAGUGUUUAUCGCCGGGCGCAAUCGGUUGGAAAAUGCGGGCGCCAAAGCGCUCUCGGAAAUGUUCGCCACCGUCGGCACGCUCGAGCAGAUCGAGAUGCCACAGAACGGCAUCUACCACGUGGGCAUAACGGCGCUGUCGGAUGCGUUCCGGGUGAACCGGAACCUGCGCAUCCUGAACCUGAACGACAACACGAUCGGGCCGAAGGGUGCGGCGGCCCUGUCCGUGGCCGUGCAGGAUCUGCACCACCUGCGGGAGAUUAACUUUGGCGACUGUUUGCUGAAAACGAAGGGCGCCGUACUGAUCGGGGAGGCGCUGCACCAGGCACACACCGAGCUGGAGGUGAUGGAUUUCGGGUACAACGAAAUCGGACCGGACGGGGGCUUUGCGCUAGUCAAUGCGUCCGCCAACAAGGGCAGGCUGCGCUCGCUCGUGCUGAACGGCAACCAGUUCGGCGAUGAGUGCUGCGAGCAGAUGAAGGAGCUGAUGCGAACCUACGAGCGCGACCGUGCCAUGGAGCUGGAGGAGGAUGCAGGCGAUGUCGACGGGGAGGAAGAGGAAGAAGAGGACGACGAUGAUGGCGAGGAGGAGGAGGAAGAGGAAGAAGAGGACGAUGAGGAUGAGGAGGACGAAGACGAAGACGACGAUGAAACGGCCGAUGAGGACGAGGACGUGGAUGAGACGGUGGAAGGGUACGGCGAGGGCGAGGAGGAGGACGCGGAGGAAUCACUGCUAACCCGCAUGAAGCAACACAGUAUGAGCAAAACGAACGGCGGCACUGCCCACGACGCGUCCGCCGUGUCGAUCGAUCUCGACACAACGCUCCCGUGCACGGUCGAUUCGUUCAUCCGCCAGCACUACCCGUCGGAAACGCUGUUCCAGUCGCUGCCGGACAAGGAUAAGGUGGCCGCCUUCCGCGACUACCUGAAAGCGAUCCCGCAGGAAGACUACCUGGUGCACACGGCCUUCACCAUCCUGAAGUGUUCGGAUCUGUGCGAAAGCCAGCCGGAUGCGCUCGCCGUUGCGCUCGCCCUGUACAAGGAUGCGUUCGAGUUUGCGCGGGCGAACAGGCGGCUGAAAAGCUUGCGCAACUUUUUGCUCAUCCAGCUCGGGCUGCUCAAGUCUGAGGAUCGGAGCUUCCGGCCAAACUACAACGUGCAGAACUGUCAGCGGGCGUUGCGCGACGCGCUCAAGCAGAAUCUAAUACCGGAGGAGGAGACUAGCAUGUUCAAGACGUUCCUCGAUCACAAGGUAUAAUGGCACCAAAGGUUCUCUGUGCGUGUGGUGUUAAUGCCGAUGUAAAUGAGAUUUGUUUACUUUUUAAUUAUUUAAAAACAUACAUGAUUCCAAGAAAAUUGAAUUGCAAAAAAAAACGAAGUAUAAAUCUCGCCUCAAAACGAUCCAAAAAUUGACGCUCCUAUAACGAUAA